AUGGAGCCACGACCUCUCGCGACGUGGACAGGCGCCAGCGGCAGAGGACUGGAACUCGGAAGACAGCGCGGACGGCGGGAGGAAGAGCGGACUAACCCCCUGCCCGCCCGUGUGUUCGCAGCCCGGAGCACCGGAGCAAGGCCCUCCAUGCAGCGGCCGAAGCGCAGGAAGCUAGAGAUGGAAGACCUCGGCUGGCGCCUGGAGCCGGUGCUGGCGGACGACCUCCUCGCCGACCUGCCCGUGGUCGAGGUGCUGGUGGACUCCAUCCUGGACCGCCGGCAGACGUCGCGCCUGGUGCGCGAGCUGGCGGCGCGCUGCCCCGUGCCCAGCCUGCAGCACCUCAAGAGGGUCCGCGGCUCGGAGCUGCUCCUCUGCCCCGCCGGCGGGGCGCUGCCCCCGGGGGUGGACACGACGGGGCUGGCGGGGGCGGCGCGGAGGCAGACAGUGGCCGCGGCCCCGCCCAGGACGCGGCGGCAGUUCCAGCAGGCGGCGGCGCUGUGGCCCUGCAACUUCCACGAGGACAAGCGCCUGGAGAGGGUCAUCGCCGGAGAGCUGUUCUCGGCGGCGGAGCUGCGCGGACACGAGCGGCACAUGCGGCGCGCGCUGGAGGCGGCGAGGCGCGGCGGCUCCGGCGCGGGGGCGGUGGUGGUGGACCGCGAGGGGCGGGUGCUGGCGGCGGGCUGGGACGAGCGGGGGCGGCACCCGCUCAGGCACGCCGCCAUGGUGGCGGUGGACCUGGUGGCCCGCGGGCAGGGGGGCGGCGCCUGGCCCGCGCGGCCCGGGCAGCUCCACCUGGGUGGCGGCGGGGACGAGGCGGGGCCCUACCUGUGCACGGGCUGCGACGUGUACCUGACGCGCGAGCCGUGCCUCAUGUGCGCGAUGGCGCUGGUGCACAGCCGCGCGCGCGCCGUCUUCUACGGCAGCGCGAGUGCGCGCGGCGCGCUGGGCUCACUCGCCAAGCUGCACACGGCGCCGGGGCUCAACCACCGCUACCAGGUGUUCCGCGGCGUGCUGGCCGCCGAGUGCCGCCUGCUCGACCCGGCCUAG